CCCAGUCCCCCGCCAUAGUAUAACGGUCACCCCAGGGAGACCCCAACCUCGCCACCAGCCUCGUCGAUCUCCUCCGCCUCCCGCAGUCCCGGUGCUCCCUCACCAAACCCUACACCGUCGUCUCCGCUCCUGCAGCGCCGCAGCGGCGGAAGGCCCGCCUCUGAUCCGCCGCAGCCAUCGCACCGCCGCUUCCGUUUUCCGCCGCGAAGCACGCCCGAGACGCCACCUCCGCGGCCCCCGUACUCCGCCACCAAGCACGCCCCCGACGCUACCUCCGCCGCGGCCGCGACUCGCCGACGCUACCUCCGCCGCGGCCGCGCUUCUCCGGCGGCACCUUCGCCGCGGCCGUGCCUCUCCGACGGCACCUCCGCCGCGGCCGCGCCUCUCCGACGGCACCUCCGCCGCGGCCGCGCCUCUCCGACGGUACCUCCGCCGCGGCCGCGCCUCUCCGAAGGCACCUCCGCCGCGGCUGCGCUUCUCCGACCGCACUUCUGCCGCGGCUGUGCCUCUCCUACAGCACCUCCGCUCCAGAUAAGGACUCGGACUUCGUCGCUUCGUCCUCAGGCUCAGCAACCCUCCCGUCUUCAACCUCAUCGAACCUGGCUAGAUAGAUACCUUCAAAUGGAGCAAAUCGAGGAUAGCCUUGGCAAUUUCUCAGGAAGUGAUCUAUUCCCUGAGAAUUCGUUUCCUUCAGUUACCAAAACCAGGAUGGUUAAAAUUCACCCCGAGUCUUUGCAAAACAUAAUGCAUGUCCUUGAGGUUGAGUACCACAGAAUCUGUGACGAGCUUGGUGAAAAUGAAAGGAAAAACAAGAUUGAGAUUUCUGGUUCACUAGAAGUUAAACUGGAUUAUAUGUUGAACAAUCUGCAAGAGGCUAGAAAGAAAAGGAGGGGGAGGUGGGAUGAAUUUGUGGAUGUUAUACACCAGUUAGAGGGUUAUUCGAGCUCCAUGCGCCCUGUUCAGUUCAGACCGUCAGCUGUUCUGCUGUCUCAUAGACCCAAUUUGUCCUUGAAACGACUGAGAGAGCUGAAGUAUUUGCUGAAGUUGUUUCAAAAGGAUAAGAAUACUCCCAGACACUUCAAAGCUAUAUACUUGUUAUGUGAUGAUCUGAAUCUUGACUUUGCUGAAGAGAUAUUCAAAAGUGACAAGGAAGAUGAUGGCUCGACAGUUUUUAUGUUAGAGGACGUGGUGAAAAGGUUGGAGGUGCUAAAGAAAGAGAGAUUAACAAAUACUGCUAAUGAUAGUAACGUGGAAAGAAAGUUGAUGGAGGAAAUUUCGAAGAAGAAGAAAGUGCUCUCAGAACUUGUGAGCCAAAGCCAUUUGAAUGCACAAGAUUAUGAACUCGACUUCAGCAUGCAUGAUGUGAAAGCAGGAAAAGAGGACGCAACGUUGAUCAUCAAGAAGCUGCACGGUUUAAUAAUGAAGCUGAAAAAAGAACUUAAACUGAGAAAAGACAUUAUUGAUGGGGCUGAGAAGAUUCUUAACACACGUAGUGAGGAGAUUCAGCUUCUAAGUUUCAGAAGUGAAAUAGGAGCGCUGCUGGAGAAGCUAGAUACCUGGGAGAGCUAUCAUAAGAAGGAGUUUAUGUACAAUAAGAUGCAUCUGAAGACAGAAUUACUGAUGAGAAUGCAGGAGGUGGUACCUAGCAGUCCAAGACUAAGCCAAACAUGUGAGGACCACGAGGAUAUUUCCAUGUCUCCAUCGAUAAGUCCACCUUCAUCAGCAUCUGUGUCUAGCUCAGACUGCAAGAGCAAUGAUUCAGAUUACAGUCCAUCUUUAUCAGCAUCUGAGUCUAGCGAAGACCGCAAAGAUUCGGAUUACAGUCCGGAUUCAUCCCAGUCUGAUGAUAACAUGCAGGACUUUGUAGUUCCAGAAACCGAUUCUGAUUCUGAAGAUGCUUAGUUUGUUAGAAGCAAAAGUUAGGAGAUUCACUAUCUAGGAUGUUCAGUUGUUCACCUCUGGUGACCUCCAGUCUAGGAAUAAGAACUGUUUUGCAGUGUCACAUGUUUACCGUUUUGAGGUUGCCCAGCAUUAUGAUGCCCCCUGAACCUGCAAAACACUCAUAAUAUGUGCUCCAAGCAUACUGUAGCUUCAUCCCGUGUAAAGGAGGCUUUUUUUUUUGUACUGAUAGCUUGUAUAGUUAAAUUUGUAGUGCCGUUUGGUUGGCUGAGAGAUGAAUCUCCAUACCUGUGGUUGCAUUGUGAGAAAAGGAGGCAUCACAGUAGCAAUGAUUUGGGUUAUGAGGGAUUGGAGAAGCUGUUACACUUGUUCUUGACUUUGGAUAUAUGGAUAACUGGUCUUGUAUUA